AUGCUGUCUCUUUCACAUCUCCUCAUUCUCAUUCUCGUAGUAUCCAUCCUCGCUGUCAUCCGAACGCGGUCCAAGCACAAAGCAGUGCGAAACGUCCGUGGUCCUCCGCGCCCUUCUCUUCUGUUGGGACACGAAUGGAUGAUCCGCCAGCGGGAUCACAUUGGUGGUCUGGAGAUGCAGUGGCUUCGAGAGUACGGGGCGGCAUAUCGACUCGGCGGGUGCGUUUGGCAAGACGUAUUGGUGCUAUCUGAUCCAAGGGCCCUGCAAUACGUUUUCCACACAUCCGGAUACCGAUUCCCGAAGACAUCCGAUGUUCGUCGAGUAGCACAUGCGUUUUUCGGACCUGGGUUGGUGACAGUCGAUGGGACCGUGCACCAACGACAGCGAAAAAUCAUGAACCCCGCUUUCUCAGCUUCUCAACUUCGUCAAUUUCUUCCUCUGUUCCAAAAUUUUGCGUCAAGACUAACAGGCAAACUCAGGAACGAUAUUCAGGACGAUGCUACAGGUAAGGUGGUUAAUGUUCUGCAAUGGACAAGCAAAGUUGCAUUGGACAUCAUCGGCAUAACUGCUUUCCGAUACCACUUCCAUGCUCUCGACGGUGAAGAGCUGGCAUCGGAGCUCCGGGAUGCUCUCCACAAUAUAUUCAUACAGGCUGACUUUCUGUCGCCCCUGGAUCUUCUAUAUGCGUCUCUUUGGCGCAUGCUCCCCAGUUUUGUCUUGAAAGUGCUUAAUCCGAUACCGACGAGAGAUACAUUCCGACCUCUGCAGUUCAGGAAUUCUUCGCAGAGAAUUGCCGGCGAGAUCUUUCGGAAGCAAGUCGAUGUGGUUGCAAAUGACCCGAACACAGCCGAGAGGGACAUUGUGAAUGUUCUUGCGUUAUCUUACCUUACGGAAGAACGGAGUAAACGAAUGAGCGAUGAGGAAAUUUAUUCUCAAUUAUCGACUUUCACUCUCGCUGGCCAUGACACUACCGCGACGACUACAGCAUGGGUCCUGUACGAGCUCAGUCGUAAUCCACAUAUCCAGGCACAGAUCCGCGAAGAGAUCUUACAGACACAGGAACGCUGCCAAGGAGAUCUCACUUCGAGUGAUUACGACUCCAUGCCUAUGCUUAAUGCUGUCAUCAAAGAAACCCUGCGUGUUCACCCUUUCGUUACUACCUUGCUCCGAGUUGCUGCCCAGGACGACGUUAUACCUCUCUCAGAACCCAUUAUCGCAGUAGAUGGCAGUUUCGUAUCGGAUAUUCCGAUUCCGAAGGGGCAAGUCAUCGCGGCAUCAUUGUACACUUACAACCGACUACCGAGCGUAUGGGGACACGAUGCGGAUGUUUGGAAUUCCGAUAGAUUUCUACAUCCUUCGUGGAGCAAGCAAACGCCCUUGGGAGUCUAUGCGAAUCUGAUGUCAUUCAGUGCAGGGAUUCGUGCAUGCAUCGGGUGGAGGUUCGCGAUUAUGGAAAUUCAGGUCCUCGUCACGGAGCUUCUGGGAAAGUUUGAGUUUAGCCCGUCCGAAGAAGGAUUAGAGCUUUUGCACGCUCCGGGAGCACAGACUCUUACACCGGCCGUGAAGGGAAGGGCCCACGAAGGGGAGCAGGUUCCGUUACGCGUUUCCCUCCUCAGCGAGGAAUGACGGGUAGCUGUACAACCCAUGUAUCCUUAAUAUUGGUUAACCCUCCCCCUCCUUCCCUAAUGUAACUGUAAUGAAAAUGUAAAUCUAGCCAUGGCUUUCGACUUCACCCGAUAACAAACUGAA